UCUAUUUCUUUAUAGAAGAUUUGUUGUUGUAUAGGAACCAAAAAAGUGUUUGGUAUUCAGUAUUUUCCGUCAGUUUCUACCUAAAAAGGCACAACUUAUUGCAGAAAAACAAAUGAAAUAUAAAGCACAACUUAUAAUCGCAUUUGAAGCUUCUGGAUUUCUUGCUGCGUAUUGUUAUUAUAAGAAGAUCGAACGAGACAUUGAAUACAGAAAACAUCUGUUUAGUAAGAACAGUCGGGUACUUGAAGUUUUCUACAAGUGCAACGAAUACAGUGGAAACUUUGAGAUUCGCAAAAGUGAUGCCAGUCAAUUUUCCAGCAGUGAUUAAACAAAUACAACCAUGAGUGAUAAUACUUCAUUGAGCAACACUGAUGCUUUACGCCCACCAAUAUCUGACCGUUUCCAUUAUGUUUACAGCUGUGACUUGGAUGUAAAUGUGACUAUAAAGAUAUGUAGUCUUGAAGGUUCGAGACCGAAACGUCGAUACCAGGAACUACUGGCCGAUCCGCACCUUAAGUUUUCUGAUUCAGGAGAAAUUGAACAAGAACAUGACAGCCACAUGUAUGUUACUGUACAGGUAUUUGAGGAUAGUAAAGCGAUUUGUCUCCCAGUACAAACAGCAUAUCGACACUACACAACCUCCCCUGGUCGGAGUCUACAUUCAUGGAACGAGUGGCUAAAACUUCCGAUACGCUUUAGUGAGCUUCCUCGACACGCUGUUGCUACGGUGACGGUGUGGGACACCCACGGACCUGGGAAACCGCUACCAGUAGGGGGCAGUACAGUUCCAUUGUUUGGGAAAUAUGGAACAUUUAAAAAGGGCAGACAUGAUGUAUGUGUAUGGCCUGAUGUACCAGCAGAUGGUGAUGUACCAACCACCACACCUUACAAAGCUCCCCCUCAUGCAAGCAAACAGAUGACAAGACUGGCCAAGCUUACCAAGAAGCAUAGGGAAGGUCACAUGACCAAAGUUGAUUGGCUGGACCGGCUCACAUUCAGGGAGAUUGAAGUGAUCAAUGAGGAAGAGAAGAAGAAGCAGAACCUCAUGUACCUCAUGGUGGAGUUCCCUGCCGUGGUUUACAAAGACGUUAAUUAUUCAAUCGUUUAUUUUGAGAAGGAUGGAGGGGAGCCUGUACAGAUCCGCACGAACCCCAAACUAGUUGUCCUCCCCGACCACGAGUUGCUUCACUCGAACCUCAUCGAGGAAAAACAUCACAAACUCGCUCGUAGUUUGCGAACCGCGCAACAUGACCUUAAACCUAAUGCAGUGGUGCGUGACCAACUCAUGAAUAUUGUCGAUUACCCGAUUUCAAAAAAUUUGUCCGAGGAAGAAGAGGACCUCGUGUGGAAGUUUAGAUACUACUUAAUGCAUCAAAAGAAAGCGCUCACAAAAUUCCUUCGUUGCGUAACAUGGGAGCGACCACAAGAGGGCAAUGUUGCGCUACAAAUGUUGGAGAAGUGGGCUCCUAUAGACGUCGUCGAUGCGCUUGAAUUAUUGUCUCCAAGAUUCCAGAAUCCAACAGUAAGAAGUUAUGCUGUAAAGAUUCUCAGCCAAACCACAGAUGAAAAUCUUGUUCUUUAUCUUCUACAACUUGUUCAAGCUCUAAAAUAUGAAAACUUUGACAAAAUCAUAGAAGGUUUUGACGCGAUUAAACGACAAGAAACCACAAUUCCACGGAGUUAUUCGAAUGACCUUUCACCUGGGGAAGCACCCAGUGUUCCUGAUACAGGGGAUCUCCCUAAGCAUGAUGUAAACACAAUGCAAGCCAGUGGUUCGCAAAAAGAUUCGAAACAAGAUAUGGACCUUGCUACCUUCCUCAUACAACGAGCCUGUAAGAACUCGAAUCUUACCAACUAUUUCUACUGGUAUGUGCUGGUUGAAUGUGAAGAGACGGAAGCAGCAGAUGCGGAGAGGAAGAAAGUAACUGAGAUGUACGUCACUGUGUUGAGGAGGUUCAGUUGGGCUUUAUUGAAGGGAAACAGGGAAUGUAAGCUUAGAAGGUCCCAACUUGCUGGCCAACAGAAGUUCAUGGAUAAGUUGGUUCGUUUGAUGGAAUUGGUGGAGAGGGAUGGAGGAAACAGGAAGAAGAAGAUUGAGAAGCUUCGUGCUCUUUUAUCAGCCGAGACAGAGAUAUUGGAGAACAUGAAUUUCUCUUCAUUUGAAGCUCUGCCAUUGCCUCUUGAUCCAAAUGUUAAGGUGAAUGGAAUAGCAGCCGAACAAGCUAAUUUAUUCAAAAGCAACCUCAUGCCAGCCAAGCUACCGUUCAAAACAACAGAUGGUAAACAAUACAUCACUAUAUUUAAACAUGGGGAUGAUUUAAGACAAGAUCAAUUGAUUUUACAAAUAAUUACAUUGAUGGACAAACUUCUUCAAAAAGAAAAUCUUGAUUUAAAGUUGACUCCAUACAAAGUGUUGGCUACUAGCUGCAAACAUGGUUUCAUGCAAUUCAUUGAAUCAAACUCAGUAGCUGAGGUCCUUGCAAAUGAAGGUUCAAUCCAAAACUUCUUCCGUAAACACCAACCUAACGACAAAGCCUCAUAUGGGAUUGAACCAGUCGUAAUGGACCUCUAUGUAAAAUCUUGCGCUGGGUAUUGCGUAAUCACGUACCUGCUUGGCGUUGGCGACCGACAUUUAGAUAACUUGUUGCUGAGAAAGACAGGGGAACUUUUCCACAUUGACUUCGGGUAUAUAUUGGGGAGAGAUCCUAAACCAUUACCACCCCCAAUGAAACUAAGCAAGGAAAUGGUGGAAGCCAUGGGAGGUGUGAACAGUGACCAUUAUCAUGAGUUCCGCAAGCAUUGUUACACAGCGUUUUUACAUCUACGACGUCAUGCUAACCUUAUAUUGAACCUCUUCUCAUUAAUGACGGAUGCCAGUGUCCCUGAUAUUGCCCUGGAACCUGAUAAAACUGUGAAAAAAGUUCAAGACAAGUUCUUGUUGGAGCUCAGUGAUGAAGAAGCUGUACGUAACAUGCAAGCGCUGAUAGAUGAGAGCGUGAGUGCCUUGUUCCCUGCGUUUGUUGAACAAAUACAUAAGUUUGCUCAAACAUGGAGAAAAUAAGGAUAUUAUAAUUAUAAGCGACAAACCAUUUAAAAUGCAGGAGAGGUCAGGAUAAUUAGAUGCAUUUUAUGAAAAAAACUUAUUGGUUGUAAUGUGCAUGGUUUAUCUUGUGCAAAAAUGCCUACCCUGCCACCCCAGGUUUGGCGCCUAAGGUAUGUAUGGACUAUAGUGGUAUAUAAACCAUACAUGAAGUAACAAUGUGCAAUUAUGAUACUGUGUGUACUAUCAUAAGGGAUACAAUAAUGAGUUUCAUUUAUUCCGUAAUUUAACAUUAUGACAUCACAAUUACUAUUAUAAUGGAACAAUUAUUAUAAUUGUUGUAAUGGAAAUGUAUUAUAAAACAGUUUUAUGAAAGGAUAAUAAAAUAUUGUCGUUUA